UGUCAAUAAUGUUUGGUAACAAGUGUCCCCUUGGGAGGCAAUUAACGGGAAUCGUUCACCGGUGAGCAGAGUUUAGACUUUCAAGUUUGGCAGCUGAAGUUUGACGCAGAACGUUCCUUGUCUGUUUGAGGCCUGUGUGGGAAGAUGGAGUGGCGAGAACAGACCAGUGUGACCUGUGAAGAUGCCUUCACCGAGGCUCAACGGUGGAUGGAGGAAGUGACAAACAAAUCAUUCGGGAGCAACAACUUCCGCUCUGCUCUGGAGAAUGGAGUCCUGCUCUGCCAUCUAAUCAACCAGUUGAAACCAGGCCUUGUUAAGAGAAUGAACACACUGCCUACUCCAAUGGCUGGACUGGACAAUGUGAAUGUGUUUCUGAGAGCGUGUGGUACACUGGGUCUACACGAGGCUCAGCUGUUUCACCCUGGAGACCUGCAAGACCUUUCCACACGCGCUACACUCAGGUGUGUAGAGAGCAAAAGGAGGCUGAAAAACGUUCUAAUCACCAUCUACUGGCUGGGUCGGAAGGCUCAGGUGGACCCCUUCUACUCUGGCCCUCAACUCAACCUCAAAGCAUUCGAGGGACUACUGGGCAUCGCUCUGUCCAAGGCUCUAGAAGAAACACCCAGAGGCAGUGUGAAGGACUAUGACUACAGUGACGUGAGCUACCCGGAGAGGGACGAUGAGCUGCUACCUCUAACCCAGUCCCAGCCACCCGGCUACAGCAGACAGGACUCCGUAGAGAGCUUUAACUCGGUCCUGAGCUUUGACUCGGCGGAGUCACGUACCCGCAGCUGUAUCUCUGACUCCAUCCUGAGGGCCGGCAGCGAGGACUCCAGCAGUGACGUGGAGGCAGAGAACUGUUUUAGGAUGAAGGCGGCGGAGGGCAGAGACUCGGGACAGAGGAACUGGGGCAACGUACCUGCACCCCUCCAGAGGAAGAAACGGGAGGACAACCGAAUUAAGGGCUCCAUGCCCAGCCCCCUCACCAGAAACUUGGAGGUAAACCCAGGAUGGAUAUGGAGCAAGUCGUUGAAUGACAUCAGGUGGUUCCCGUCGGCCACGCAAGUGGUGCGCCAGGUUUCUGAGGGUGGCAUGGAGCUAAGCCCCAGCGCCGUGAGCCAGGACCAGCUGCAGAUGGUCAGAGUCCGGGUCCACGAGAGUGAGGCCAAGUGGCACAACGACCUGACCAAGUGGAAGCUCCGGCGUCACAGGUCUAACUGUGACCUGCGGAGGAAGAUGCAGGAGAGAGACAACAUCGUCCUGAUGACCAACGCAGGGGUCGUUACAGGCGGGACAUGCAGGAGCCUACAAGAGGACAGGGAAGAGGAUGAGGAGUCCCUAUGCAGCAGUAGCCACAACAAGGUCUCUCCCUCCACCUCGGCCAAGGAGGGUUCCCUGGAGCUCCGACCCCACACCAGAGCCCCUCUGGCCCUCGGCUCCUCCGUGGAGUCUCCCUACAGCUCCGGAGCCUCGGAACCCUUCACCACCCCCAGCCUGACCCUCCAGGCCCAGGGACCCUCAGCCGGAGCCGUGCCCCAAUCAGAGCCCCUCGUCCUGGGGGAGAGGCGUCACACACCGGUGGAGCCAGACGGAGCUGGAGGUUUAGCCACUUUACCCAACUCUGCCUCUCCCUUCUCCUCCCAGACCCAUGCCCAGACCAUCUCUAGCCCAGCUCUCGUGAUCUCCACUGGACGAGACCAGAACAUCUCCUUGCUCUCAAACGGGAUCCCCACGACCCUCACUGGAUCUGGCUCAUGUCUUACUACCAGUUCUUCUCUAACUACCUCUGACCUGGUGAACGGUACCGGCUCAAACCUAACCAGCGUUACCAGCUCCCACAGCCCCUCUGCCUCCAUGGACAUCCCAGACCAAGCCCUCCUCUCUACUGUAGAGUCCCUGACCUCAGUGGUAGCCCCAGCCCCGGGUCAUGUCUCAGCUCCCCAGCAGCAGGUGCUCCCCCUCUACAGGUACAGCUCCAGGGCUCCAGGAGGAAGAGGAGGGGUUUCUGCUUCUCUCCCCAGGGGAUACCGCCGGUCUGAGGGCUCUUCGUCCUGCCUCUCUGCCGGCUUCACCCCCCGGCCGUUUGGAGCCAAGUCCUCCAGAGUGUCCUCGCUACCCAGGCUCUACAACUUGGAGAACUCUCUACUGAAUGGAAACGGUUCCCUGCUCCCCAGCAAGACUGCUCCCUCACGCCCCCAGAAAAUGGUCACUAUCUCCGAGGUCGCUGUCAGGGCUCAGCCCUGGGCCACAGCCAAUCAGAGCAGUGUGAACCAGGAAGUAAAUGAGGAGGGUGGGAGUCAGACCCAGCCCUCCAUCCUGAAGGCCAGAGGUGGUCCCGGACCUACCACCCACCCCAAACCCAGCCGGAAGGGACCCCCACCCCCUUCUCUCCUGCCCAGCCUCCCUGUCUCAGUCAGACAGAAUGGCUCUGCACAGGUACGGCCCAGUGACAGAGUGUGUCUCACCUUGAAGCUUAACAGUCGACCACACUUUGGUUUCAACACUCACUGGGACUCAACAGGAGCACGAGUCGGAGGCAUCCAACCAGGUAGUCCUGCAGAGUUGUGCCAGCUGCGUGCAGGUGAUGAGAUAGUGUCUGUUGGUGGGCACAGGGUGGCAGAGAUGACCCACAGCCAGUGGAAGGGCACCAUGACCUAUGCCCUGCAGACGGGCAGUCUCACCAUGGACGUACAGCGCCAUGGUGACAACAGUCCAACUGAUACCAGCAGAGAUGCAGCGAUGGUGAAUCUGGCCCAGCUCAACGGACAAGAGGGGGUGACCUCUAUAAGCAUGAAGGGGGCUUUUCGGGACGAUCCUCUGGCUACCAGAAGUAAAGGAGGAUCGGCAUCUGCAAUAUCUGAUCUCCAGGUGCCGUCCCUCAGCACCUCCCCCUCCAGUUGGUCCUGGGACCCCGAGGAAGAGAGGAGGCGGCAGGAGAAGUGGCAGGAGGAGCAGGAGUGUAUCCUACAGGAGAAGUACCGGCAGGACCAGAAGAGGCUGGAUGCUGAGUGGCAGCAGGCCCAGGAGGAGGCAGGGGUGGAGGGAUACAGGCAGGCUGAGGUGACCCCUGAUCCUCUACCGUCCAGAGGCAUCGUGGGAAAUGUAGUCCCUUGUGUCAAAUCAUCCACACCGAACAUGGAGAGCUCAGGAGAGAUGACCGACGGGAUCGCUCGCCUUGCCAGUCCUCAGCCAGUCUUGAGCCAGCCCAUGCCCCCUGUUGCCCGUGUGGCAUCCAAUCAAAAGAAGGAAGACGUUUUCGACGGGGGAAGAAGGGAGGAGCCUCAUCCUCAAGAAGGGAGGAGCCUGGAAGAGGAGACGGAUGGCCUGGCAGAAGGAGAUAACUGGAUGAAAUCCAAGUCCUUCCCGUCGUUGGAGGGUUUCCACAGACAGGAGGUGAAAGGCGGUACCGGGGAGGUCGCUAGGAGGAAGCCUGGUCAGAGCAUGUCGGUAGUAGAGGCUGAGAGGCAACAGAUCCUGGAGGAGAUGAGGAAGAGGACGGCUCUGCUGACCGACAACAGCUGGAUACGACAACGCUCCACCUCUGACAACCAACAACCAACUAACCGGCGAGGGCCAAUGAGGAGGUACGACUCUCUGGACAACCUUCCCUCUUCCUCCCUGCUCUCUAACCCCCAACGCCCCCACUCCUCCCUGGGUUUCUCCGCCCCGUACCACCCCCCCUCCUCCCGGCACAGCAUGGGUGGGGCCCUGGGGGGUUACCUCAACGGGACCCAGAAACACAGCCCUACCUGGCCCCGUCCCUUCAGCACGUCUUCCACCCCACCCAACACCGGAGAGGAACCCGCCACCGGCGAAUCACGACCCGUCUCACAGCAGGACGACCGAGUGCUGACUUCUCGUCAGGUGUGUUCAGUGUGUGUGUGUCCUAUGGGCAGAGGGGCUGCCAUGGUCAUUGAGACCCUGAACCUCUGCUUCCACCUGGCCUGUUUCCAGUGUGUGGACUGCAGGUGCCGACUUGGAGAGUCAGAGGUCAGAGCCCAGAUCAGAAUCAGUAACGGGAAGCCUUACUGUGACCCCUGCUACAUCCGACUCAAGUCCCACCUCGCCACCUCCCUGUGACCAGAAUGCAUUGCAGCAGAUUGAGGAAGAGACGACGACGACAACACCCUCGAACACGACGGUGGACAUCUUGACUAUGACCUCGUGUUGACCGUAUUUAGAGCUGGUUG